UUUGAUAGUAAUAAGAGAAGAGAGGCGAAAAAUCCAAUUGGCGGGCGUGUUUCCAAGUCCCAAUUUCCGCGACGCACGGGAUUAGCACAGUUGCAUAGGUACGACUGCGUCCCAUUCCUGAGACCAACCGUCUCCCCUUCCCUCACUCCAACACUACACCUUUCCUCCAUUUCCCCUCUCCCUCUCUCCCUCACUUCCCCACCCAUGCCAUGUCACCGUCGUCGAUCCUCUUCCUCCUCCACGCCCCCCUCCUCCUCGCCUCCGCAUGCGGCCCCUCCGCCAUCCCCUUCCCCUUCCACCUCUCCCCCGCCUCCCCCGCCCCCGCCGCCUUCCGCCUCUCCUGCCUCAACUCCUCCUCCCUCUUCCUCACCCUCGCCUCCCGCUCCUACCGCGUCCUCCGCUUCCUCCCCGACGGCCUCCUCCUCGACUUCCCCAACGCCUCCCUCUGCCGCCACUACAACGACCUCCGCUCCUUCCCCUUCGCCGCCGAUCAGUACCUCGCCGUCUCCGCCGACAACGUCCUCGACUUGUACGGCUGUGACGACUCCUCCCUCUGCAAGCCCGAAUGCGAGCGCACCUCCUCCAUGCCCUCCUGCGACGGCCGCGCCGCCGCGGCCUACCCCUCCUGCUGCUACCCCCUCUCCGACCGCGGCGCAUGGCGCCCCGCCGACGGCCUCGCCGCCUUCUCGCGCUACGGCUGCAGGGGAUUCUCCUCCUGGGUCGUUGUCCCCGGCAGCGCCGUCGGCAUCCGCGGCGUCAAGCUGGAAUGGGCGCUUCCCAGGAACUCCACCGCCGCCCCCGCCUGCGCCGCCAAUGCCAAUGUCGUCAACGCUACUUCCGUUGCCAACGGAUUCAGAUGCCGAUGCGUUGAUGGAUUCUCCGGCGACGGCUUCCCCGCGGGAGUCGGAUGCAUCAAGUCCUGCUUCAAGGAUGGAAAGGAAGUUCAUGGAAAUGAGUGCUAUGAGGUUAAACAUGGCAGAAAAAAGGCAAUCAUUUUAGCCGGGUUACUAACCUCAACUCUAUCUAUUGUGUCGUUGACGGCACUUUUCCUCAUGAAACGCAGUAUUCGAUCACACAAAUUAAACUCAGAGCAUUGCCAAACCGCCUUCUCCUCCCACAAGGCCAGGCUCUUCACCUACCACGAGCUCGAGGAGGCCACCAUGGGAUUCGGCGAGGGCCUCGACGGCGCCGCCGCCACCCCAACCUCCACGCUCUACGGAGGCGUGGUGGGCGGCGGCUCCCGCGUCGCAGUGCAGAAAGUCCUGCACUGCGACUGCGAGACCGAGGCGGACCUCAUCCGCGUCAUGCUCCGCCUCGAGACGCUCGCCGCCGUCUCCGCGUCCCACGGGAGCGUGGCGCGCGUCGUCGGGUGGUCCGUCAACCCCGGCGCCGCGCCCCUCGUCGUCUACGACCGCCCCGAAAACGGGACGCUGAUGGACCACCUCCGCCGCGCCCGGCACGAGAACGUGCCCUUCCACUGGCACCGGAGGCUCGCCGUCGCCGCUCAAACCGCUUCCACCCUCGCCUUCCUCCACAACGACAUCUCGCCGCCCGUGUUCCACCACGACCUCCACUCCGCCUGCAUCUUCCUCGACGCCGACUUCUCCGUCAAGCUCGCCGGCUUCGAGCUGCGCCACGCCGACGACGACGGCCGGAGGCGGAGGAGCGACGUCUACGGCCUCGGCCUCGUGCUCCUCGAGAUCAUCACGGGCAAUGCCGCGGCGGAGCAGGCCCUCCACAAGGGGAAGCUCGAGGAGAUGGUGGACCCCAGCCUCUACUACCACGAGCAGCCGCCGUCGAGGCGCGAGCAGAUACAGAUCGUCGUCGACCUCGCCACGCGGUGCCUGCUCUUCGGGGCCGACGCCGCCAAGCUCGGGAUGGCCGACGUGGCGAGGGAGCUGCUGCAUAUCGCCCGAGACUGCGUCGACGGAGGCAGCCGGAGGGGGCCGGCGUUGGAGGAGACGUUCUCCAAUUCCAGCCUCCUUCAGAUGAUAUCCAUGUCGCCGGAUUCAAUCUACGUCCCGUCGCAAACCAAACCCGACUCAUAUGUAUAAUUGAACAUUUCUACUCCAUUUUAAUACUGAACUGGCUGGCUGUAUUGAUUUGCUUAAUUAAUUAAGGGGAAAUAA